UAUCGCCCAGGGGUUCGUUUAGGUAGGAAGCAGUACAGCGACGUUAAGUUAGCUCAUUUAUCCGAUGAUUUAACCAUAUUUCGCCAACAAUGUCUAAAAGGGCAGAAAAGGAGAAAAAGGGGAAAGCAAAUACUAAGGAAGAGACCUCGAAAAAUACAGGACCAACUCCAAAUGAAAAAUUGCCUGUUGAGAUCUUUGGUGAAUAUCAGUGCUCGGGCAAUGUGGAGAUUGACUUUGCUGGACUUUGUGCUCUUCUGGACAUAAAGGAUAUCCCCGCUGUUAUCACCAAGCAACCAGCCUCCCCCACUUCUGAAACUGCAGGAGAGCAUACAGGUCAUGGCCAGUCACAGACAAAUGCUGCACCUUCCUGGUGGUCUAAGCGAUGCCUCCAAGUAGAGCUGGAGAAUGAAGACCCCCUCAGCGCCAAGCACCUGAAGAUUUUCGGAUGGAAGGUAGAUGAACAGAUUGCCAGAGUGCUACACAAGAUGCUUCCCUCAUUGAACAAGCUACAGCACCUUCAGUUUUGGCAGGCGGGUCUGUCAGAUCGAAUGGUAAUCUCCCUCAUGAACACAAUAUCACUGUGCUCAAACCUCAGGACUGUGACACUGCAGGGCAACCCUCUUCCAGAGCAGAGCUACCACCUUCUUCUCUCUGAAGCCAGUGUCCUCACUCACUUGUACCUGAAUAAUAACCGGAUAGGAGACGAGGGCGCUCGCCUAAUUGGGUUAGCUCUCUCUACAACCAGAUCUGCUAAUAAAAACCUGUUGGCACUCAAUCUAGCCUUUAAUUCUAUUGGCAAUGCAGGUGCUGCACAUAUUGCACAGGGCCUGCGGUUCAAUCGUUCUUUGCGCUUUCUCUCACUGUGCAACAAUCAGAUUGGAGACGCGGGGGCUGCUCAUCUGGCUGCGAUACUUGGUGAGUUUGCUCUCACUCAUGAAGAAGUUGUGGAGAGGAGGAAGCUGCUUCUGAAAAGAACGCUCUCCGCUGAUGCUGACCAGCGUGCUGAUCAACUUCCCUCAGUAGCCAGCAGCAGUUCACUGGGCAUCAGCAAAGGGGAGAUCAAAGACAAAAAACAGAAAGCACCCAAAAAGGACAAAGAUAACCCAGAGUCUAACAAGAAAUUCAACAGUGAAGACGGCCAGCAGGGGGGAAAAGAGAAGCAACUAUCUGCACAAGAGGAUAAACCAAGUACCUCCUUGAAUGAGCAAGGACAGUUGGUGAAGAUAGUGAACCCCCUGCUGGAUGAGCCGGUGCAGUACAGGGACGGGGAGCUUUUUCUGCCUGGAAACACGACUCUCGCCUCCCUCAACCUAGCAGGAAACAGGAUUACCGAGAAGUCACUGCCUCUUCUCCUGACGACAAUACAGGCGCAGGGUGGAACCUUGCUGCAUCUCUGUCUGCAGAGAAACCGCUUCCCUCCAGAGUGUGAGUGUUACGUAAAGAUAACAGAAGUGAUGGCACCCAGACAUCCACUCAGAAAAAAACUCUGAGCAGAGAGUAGGUACAGGGCGUAAACUCUUUACUGUGUACUGUAAAGGUUUAUUUGAUAAUAAUCAUUAAAUAGAUAUCAAUUUUGGCAAUGAACUGAUGUUUGGCAAUUUAUUGAUAUGAAAAAAGAUAAUUAAUAAUUUAAUUUUUUUGCAAUAACAUCAGCUAAAAUGGGCCAUCAGGUAAAAUAGGCCAUUUAAGGUUUGAGUGUCUCAGCUCUUUAAAAGUUGACAGCCAAUGAAUGCAAAUGAUUUCAAACUGCUGCCGCAACAGUAUUUGACAUGUAACAAUUGAUUUGAUUGGUCUAUGGAUGCUAUGGUGGGUGGGGCAAAGCCUCAUAUUGAGACUGCUCCAGAGAACUGCAUGGUGAGUGCCCUGACAUACCAAAUCUUAACUGUCAAUGAUAAGGUUGAUAAUUCAAUAAAAAACAAAUGUACAUAUAUAAAUAAUGAUGUAUAAUACAUGUCCUGAUGGCCUCCAUCAGAUAUAAUGCUAAUGUUUUGCUCAAUAAAAUUAUUUUUGAUGAAAAAGAAUUUUUUGUUAGUAGCCCAAUUUA